AUGGACAGGCGGUUCUCGAACUCCAUGCUACCCUGGCUUCUAAGGGAGAUUCGAGCUACCGGGAUAAGGGAUAAGUUGAGCAUAGCGGUAGAGGACGGCUGCCUAAAGGCGUACAACGGCAACUUCGAACCGGUCAUUGUCCACAGAUUGGUGGAUAUACUUAGGGCCAGUCAAGUGCCAGGGCGUCCCGAGGAGCUGUUCUACAUACUCCUCAAUGAGAAGGAGGCUCUGCUGCAGUGCUACCUGUUCCGGGCGAACACAGUUCUCGAGGGUAAGCAGGAA